AUGAGUAAACAUAUAGAGUGGCUGGACAAGAGUGUAAUCAACGACUUCCUCUCCUCGACGUCACUCCAUGGACUCAAGUAUCUAGGCUCCAAACAGCGCAGCCGGUUCGAAAAAGUGUUCUGGGCGAUUAUUUUGGCAAUUUUCAGCACAUUUGCACUGAGGAUGCUCAAAAACUCGUGGGUUUCCUGGCGGGAAUCACCCAUUGUCAUCAACACCGACAACAAACCUCAUUCCAUUGCUGCAUUGCCGAACCCGGCUUUCACGUAUUGUGGCGAUUUUCUGGUCAACAGAACUGCGUUGCAAGUGAUGAUACAGAGAAGCAACGGAAGGGAAGAUACGCUCCAAGAAGUGUAUCAAAAAUUAAUAGUAUCAUCCCCAACGUUGAUACAAACUGUGACCACCCCUUACAGCACACACCACCUAAAAAUCCCGCAGAUAAAUUUCUUCAAUGGUGUUUGCUACACUUACAACAUGGUUCCUUCUUCGAUGUUUUAUUCCCCGACUACGUUCCACUACCAUCUAGAUGACACACUUCUGAGGAAAGGGUUCAAGCUGAAACCUCAGGGACAAUUCAAUGGGUUGCCAUUGGUUUUAGUUGAGAACAAAUCGAAAAACAUCGUGUUCAAGCUACCAGCGUUUGUGUCGCAUUUGAAUGAUAUCUAUCGACAGGUCAGUGAAGAUGAGUUGGGGAACAUCUUGGGAGAAAACAGUGAUGUGGUAAGGGUGCGUUCACAUCUGGCCUAUCCUGUAUACUCUCUCCACAGUCCCUGGGCAAUACCCUUUGCAAGGGGUGAAUGGUGCAGACUUCCUGAGGUAAGAUUUAGUGGGGAUGUAAAUUCUAUGCCACACCCCAACCAUCUAUACCUCGACCAAGACCUGUUAGACAAACCCUACACUGAACGGGACUGUCUACUACCCACAGAGAAAAAACUAAAAUUCUUCGCACACUACACCUUCAAAAACUGUCUCCAGGACUGCGUAUCAGAUGCCAUGCAACGCAAGUGUGGUUGUGUAUCUUUUGAGCUUCCUCGCAGUGAGGAUACUCCGAUCUGCUUGCAACACAGUGAGGAGUGUAUCAAAAAUGUGCUGGAAGUGUAUCAAGGUGACGCCGUAUCACUGGACCAAUGCAGUUGUUUAUCAAGUUGUGAGGAAAUUGAAUACAAUAUUGGACACAGAGAGUUCCUACCUGUAAACAAUUCCGGGACCUACUUUUACACAGUUUUCCGAGACAUUUAUUUCUACCCUCAAGUACGCUCUUUAUCAAAAACAUUUGAAGACUUCAUACUAUCCUCAGUAACAUAUCUGGACACGUUUCUGGGACUUAGUCUGAUCAGUGUGGUGGAAAUCCUGUAUUUUUUGAUCCUCUGCCUGGUGCGGAGUUUUGAUAGGAGGAAAAUUGUCAAACAUUCGAAGAAUUUAAAGAAAUUUGGUAGCAGGAAAAUGUUUCCGAAGCGUGGUGUGUUUGUGGUGAACUGUUGUGAGGUGCAUGCCAGGAGAGGUCAGCAUCAACAGUGUCGCAAGAAAUUGCGGUCUUUGUCGGUCUACUGA